CUGUGGGACCUGCGACAGACCCGGGGCCGGGUGUGUGAGUACAGGGGGCAUUUCCAGACCACCACCUCGUGUGUUUUCCUCCCCCGGGGCCCAGCCCUCGCCCCCAGCGUCGCCACAUCCUCCAGCGACAGCACAGUGAAGGUCUGGCACCGGGACACGGCAGCCUGCCUGGCCACGCUGUCCCUGGAGGGCUCUGGCCCGCUGGCCUCGCUGGCCGCCUGCGACAGCUCCACCCUGCUCUGUGCCAGCGCCAGCUCCGGCAUCCACGUGCUGCGCCUGGGCGGCGGCGCCGAGCCCGCCCUGCGGGAGCUGGGGGCGUUCUGA